AUGGCAUCUAAUAGACCUGAAUUAAAGUUUUCAGAUAUAUCUGAAGAACGUGGAUUUUAUAAAAGAUACGUUAAGUUACCUGAGAAGCCUUCUGGUACGGUAAGGAUUGUUGAUAAAGGUGAUUACUAUACUGCUGUUGGUGAUGAUGCGGUGUUCAUUGCAGAAAAUGUGUAUCACACAAUGUCAGUUCUAAAGGAUUGUCACGUGGAUCCAGCAGUUGCUAAACAAUUUAAUGAACCAACCAAAUAUGUGACAAUGUCGCUGCAGAUCGUGGCUAGUUUGUUGAAACUUUGCCUUCUAGACGUUGGUAAUAAAGUUGAAAUCUAUGACAGAAGCUGGAAAUUAAUCAAAAGCGCUUCCCCAGGUAAUAUAGAACAGGUCUCCGAUCUUUUAAAUUUGAAUAUUGAUGCGUCCAUUGUUAUUGCAAGUUUGAAGAUACAACAAAAUCCAAAAGAUGCCCAUGUUAUAUUGGGGUUGACAUUCAUUGAUACAAGUAACUACAAAAUUGGCAUGAUGGAUAUUAUAGACAAUGAGGCUUACUCGAACUUGGAGAGCUUUUUAAUACAGUUAGGAAUAAGAGAAUGUCUAGUACCUGAUUUAUCUCAAAAUGGUUCCACCAAUCCAGAGUUAAAAAAAAUCACAAACGUCAUUGAUAGGUGUGGUUCGGUGGUUACCAUAGUCCCUAAUUCUGAAUUUUCUAAUAAAGAUGUCGAGGUAGACUUGGCAAAACUAUUAGGCAACGAUUUAACUUUAACACUUCCUCAGAAUGUAUCACAACUGGCCUUGGGUGCUUGUAAUGCGCUAUUAAACUAUCUGCAGCUAUUAAGUGAACAAGAGAUGCUAGGUAAAUAUGAGCUUAUCCAACAUUCUUUAGAAUCCAUAAUGAAACUAGACUCCUCAGCGAUCAAAGCAUUGAAUCUUUUUCCACAGAAUAAUGCCACUUUCUUUACGCCAAUGCAAUCAGGUACAGUUGGAUCAAAUGGUGGCACAAAGGUUGCCUCUUUGUUCCAGUUACUCAAUAACUGCAAGACAAAUUCUGGUGUUAGAUUAUUAAAUGAAUGGUUAAAGCAACCUUUGACAGAUUUUAGUGGUAUUCAAGUUCGUCACAAUCUCGUUGAAUUUUUGAUUGAUCAAUUAGAGUUAAGGCAAAUAUUGCAAACCGAAUAUUUACCUGGGGUUCCUGAUAUUCGUAGGUUGGUUAAAAAACUUAAUAAAAAUGGUACUUUAGAAGAUGUUCUCAAAGUGUAUCAGUUUAGUUUGAAGGUCCCAGAUAUCAUUAAUAUUAUUGAGUCAUUCCUGGAAGAUGAUAUCACAACAACAGAUAUCAAAGAAUUGGUACGUAAAACUUGGUGUGAUCCAUUAAAAGAAUUUAUGGAACCUUUAAAAAAAUUUGAUGAGAUGGUUCAAACAACCGUCGAUUUGGAUGCUUAUGAAGAGAAUAAUGAAUUUAUGAUCCGUGUGGAGUUUAAUGAAGAACUGGCUAAAGUACGUGAACAACUAACAGCCAUGAGAGAUGAGAUAAAUGCAAUCCAUCUAGAAGCUGCAGAAGAUUUAGGAUUUGAUCCAAACAAAAAGUUAAAACUAGAAAAUCAUCACAUUCACGGUUGGUGUAUGAGAUUGACCAGGAAUGAUGCAAAAGCACUACGAAACCAUAAGCAGUAUAUUGAGCUCUCAACGGUUAAGGCAGGUAUAUUUUUCAGCACAAGAAAAAUGAAAGAAAUUGCUCAAGAGACUGUUGUACUACAAAAGGAUUAUGAGAGAUUGCAAUCAUCUUUGGUCAAAGAGAUUGUUUCAAUUACAUUAACAUAUACCCCUAUAUUUGAAAAGCUUUCGCUAGUUAUUGCGCACUUGGAUGUAUUAUGUUCAUUUGCUCAUGCCUCAUCAUAUGCGCCAAUCCCCUACGUUAGGCCUACGAUGCAUCCAUUAAGUUCAGACCGCAGAACAAAACUAAUGAAUUCCAGGCAUCCAGUACUAGAAGUUCAGGAUGAUGUUACAUUUAUUGCAAAUGAUGUAGAUAUGGCUAAAGAUGUUAGUGAAUUUCAAAUCAUCACCGGUCCAAAUAUGGGAGGUAAAUCAACAUAUAUCAGGCAGGUGGGUGUCAUCACUCUAAUGGCACAAAUUGGAUGUUUUGUGCCAUGUGACAAUGCUGAAAUAUCAAUUGUGGAUGCUAUAUUAUGUAGAGUCGGAGCGGGCGAUUCUCAGCUAAAGGGUGUUUCUACAUUUAUGGUUGAAAUGUUAGAGACUGCCUCAAUUUUAAAGAAUGCGACAUCCAACUCUCUCAUUAUUGUUGAUGAGCUUGGAAGAGGUACUAGUACUUACGAUGGUUUUGGACUUGCAUGGGCGAUAGCUGAACAUAUUGCAAAAGAAAUUAGAUGUUUUGCAUUGUUUGCAACACAUUUUCAUGAAUUGACAAAUUUAUCUGAACAACUUCCAAAUGUUAAAAACAUGCAUGUAAUAGCGCAUAUCGAUGAGUCAGAGAAAGCAUUGAAUAGUAACGACAUUACUUUGUUAUAUAAAGUGGAGCCAGGUAUUUCUGAUCGCUCUUUUGGUAUUCAUGUUGCUGAGGUUGUCCAAUUCCCUAAAAAAAUUGUAAGUAUGGCAAAGAGAAAAGCCAAUGAACUGGAGGAACUUAAAAAUACUAGUAAUGAUCUGAAAAGAGCAAAACUGAACCCACAAGAAAUUGCAGAAGGCAAUCUAAAACUGAAGUGCAUGCUUAAAGAAUGGAAGCAAUCAGUUGAGAAUAAGGGAUUGUUAGAUGUUGAAAAAUUGUCGGAAGAGGAAACUCAAUUAGCAAUUGAAUCGUUGUUGAAAAAACUAUGUGAUGCAGACCAUUCUGACGAUAGAUACUUUUCUUACCUAAAGGAAUUAUUAUAA